CGCACUGCCGUAGUUGUCUUCCCUUACUCAAGAUUUACCUCCCUUUUCUGCCAGCAUUAUUCCUUUCACCCUUUGUAGCGGACUGUUGCUUAGUGUCGUCUUUGACCAUGGCUCCUCUCAAACUCAAUAUCGACUCACAAAAUGCUGCUGUCGCCAGUCUGUUGGUUCUUGAAAACUUCAAGUCAGCAUCCAAAUUCUCUUGUGAUAUUAAAUACAAAAAUAUCAAUUCCAUUGAAAUAGACAGUAAUACAACUCUUGAAGGAGAUGCAUCAAUGUGUCGGUAUUUGGUUCGUUCAAAUUCAAGUCCUUUAUAUGGCUCUUCUUUGCUUGAAGCAACUGAGAUUGAUUUUUGGAUUGAUUUUGCUCAGACCCAGUUCUCUGAUGCUUCAUUUGAUAAAGAUGUUUAUCACCUAGAUAAAGUUCUGGGACCAAUUACAUAUUUAGUUGGACACCAGCUGACUUUGGCAGAUAUUUUUAUAUGGAAACAACUCCACUUCAGUAAAAGAUGGCAGCAAAUGACCCAGAAAGCAAAUGUACCCCAAAAUACUCUGCGUUUCUAUAACUUCUUAACUUCACAAGAAGCUUUUCAAUCAGUUCUCAGUAAUCCUUCUCUUAAACUCGACACUCUAAAAGAAGGCCGAAAAGAAGAAGGCAAAUUUGUUGACUUGCCAAAUGCUAAAAAAGGAGAAGUAGUAGUAAGAUUCCCUCCAGAAGCAAGUGGUUAUCUUCAUGUUGGCCAUGCAAAAGCUGCUUUGUUAAAUCAAUAUUAUCAAAAAUUGUUUGAAGGGCGUUUGAUUUUGAGAUUUGAUGACACAAACCCUGCCAAGGAAAGUGAUGUAUUUGAGCAGGUAAUUCUCAAAGAUGUCGAACUACUUGGCAUUAAGUAUGAUGUUCUAAGCUAUACAUCUGACCAUUUUGAUGUCCUGCUUGAUCUUUGUUUGAAACUAAUCAAAGAAGGUCAUGCCUAUGUUGACGAUACCAAUCCUGACGUUAUGAAACAAGAAAGAGAAGAAAAGAAAGAAUCAGCACGAAGAAAUCAAAGCACAGCUGAAAACUUGAAAAUGUGGGAAGAAAUGAAAUCAGGUACAGAAUUUGGAACAAAAUGUUGUGUUCGUGCUAAGAUUGACAUGAAUUCUGCUAACGGUUGUAUGCGUGAUCCAACACUUUACCGUUGUAAACCAGAGAUUCACAUCAGAACAGGUGACAAAUACAAAGUGUACCCAACUUAUGACUUUGCUUGUCCUAUUGUGGACAGUAUAGAGGGUGUGACCCAUGCUCUUCGUACAACUGAAUAUCACGACAGAGAUGAGCAGUAUUUCUGGAUUCUGAAAAAGCUUGGUUUACGUGAACCUUAUCUCUAUGAGUACAGCCGAUUGAAUCUACAAAACACUGUUUUGUCCAAGCGAAAACUCACUUGGUUUGUGAACGAAAAACAUGUUGAUGGUUGGGAUGAUCCUCGUUUCCCUACUGUCCGUGGUAUAUUAAGAAGAGGAAUGACUAUUGAAGGCUUAAAACAGUUUAUAAUCGCUCAAGGUUCUUCAAAAUCAAUAGUCAUGAUGGAAUGGGAUAAAAUAUGGGCAAUCAACAAAAAGGUUAUUGAUCCAAUUGUCCCAAGAUAUACUGCUCUGACUAAAGACGGAGCUGUUUCUGUUACUGUUAAAGAUGCAACCCCUUCAUCAAAAGAAGUAGCAAAGCAUCCCAAGAAUGAUUCUGUUGGAACAAAGCUUGUAUGUUAUGGACCUAAUAUUAUUAUUGAGAAAGAAGAUGCUGAGUCCUUGAAAGAAGGAGAAAUUGCAACAUUCAUCAACUGGGGAAAUCUAAAAAUUGAAUCAAUUAAAAAGAAUGCUGCCGGUGCUGUAUCUAAUAUUGUUGCCAGCUUGGAUUUAGAAAACACUGAUUAUAAAAAAACACAAAAACUCACCUGGUUACUUGAUUCUGAGGGGUGUCAUUUAGUGCCUACAGUUGCAGUUACCUUUGACCAUAUCAUCUCAAAACCAUUGCUGGGCAAAGAUGAAGAUUUUAAACAAUUUGUAAACUACAAUUCUAAGGUAACUAAUUUAAUUUUGGUUUCAGUUAUAAAAACUACAUUUUUUCGUUUCUCUGGUUUAGAAAGUCCAUGUGUCCUUUUCUAUAUUCCUGAUGGUCAUCAGAAAGAAAAGUCAAAAUCUGGAGUCUGCGAUAAACAAGAACAACCUCGUCAAGAAAUUAGUGCUAAAGAAAAAGCACAAAGUAAGAAAGGAAAAUCAGCUGAAAAAUCUCCACAAGAAGAAUUCCCCCAAGUGUUUUCUAAAGAAGCAUUGGAUGUGGAUGCUCAAAUCCAACAACAAGGUGCUAUUGUUCGUAAACUUAAAGAAAAUAAAGCUGCCAAGCCUGAAAUUGAUGCAGCUGUGAAAAUUCUCUUAGGUUACAAGAGUCAGUUUAAGGCUGUGAGUGGGUUUGAUUGGAAACCAGGAUGUACAAAAUCCUUUGAAGGAAAAGGUGAUGCAGCACAACCAUCAUCUAAUCCAGUUUCUAAUCAAAAUGCAUCAGACUUAAAUAAACGUAUCCAAGACCAAGGAAAUAAGGUCCGCCAGUUGAAGUCUUGUAAAGCACCAAAGGAAGAAAUAACUGCUCAAGUAAAUAUAUUAUUAUCUUUGAAAGCUGAAUAUAAAACUCUAACCGGAACUGAAUGGAAAGCUGAAGUAUCACCUGUAAAUGGUGAUAAAGACAAACCUGCUGCUACCAUCACUGAUCCAGCCGUUGCUGAAAUAAAUCAAAAGAUUACAGAACAGGGGAAUAAAGUGAGACAACUUAAAACCGAUAAAGCACCAAAGGAACAGGUAGAUGCAGAAGUCAAGAUCUUGCUCUCACUAAAAGCUGAUUACAAGAGUAAGAGUGGCCAAGACUGGAAACCUCCCAAAGAAACUAAAGAGAAACAAUCAGCCCCCAAGAAAGAGAAAGCCACUGUGAAUAAAAGCAAUGAAGAACAUUCUGGAAAAGAGAUGAAGAAAAUAACCAGGCUUGGACUUGAAGCCAAGAAAGAAGAAUCACUUUCUGAUUGGUAUUCUCAGGUGAUCACAAAAGCCGAACUGAUUGAAUAUUAUGAUGUCAGUGGUUGUUACAUCUUACGUCCAUGGGCAUACAGCAUCUGGGAAGCCAUUCAUGAUUUCUUCGAUAAAGAGAUUAAGAAAUUAGGGGUGGAAAAUGCAUAUUUCCCCCUCUUUGUAUCUGCUCAAGCUCUACAAACUGAAAAAACACAUAUUGGAGAUUUUGCUCCUGAGGUCGCUUGGGUAACAAAGUCCGGACAAAGUGAACUCGUUGAGCCUGUUGCCAUUCGACCAACCAGUGAGACUGUCAUGUACCCGUCAUACAGGAAAUGGGUUAAAUCUCACAGAGAUUUACCGAUACGGAUUAACCAAUGGUGCAAUGUUGUGCGCUGGGAAUUCAAACAUCCGCAACCUUUUCUUCGCACAAGAGAAUUCCUCUGGCAAGAAGGGCACUCAGCAUUUGCUACUAUUGAAGAAGCACAGGAAGAAGUGAUGACAAUCCUAGGUUUAUAUUCCCGUGUUUACACAGAUUUAUUGGCCAUCCCUGUUAUUGCUGGUAAAAAGACCGAGAAAGAAAAAUUUGCUGGAGGAGAUUAUACAACAACAGUUGAAUGUUACAUUUCUGCCAGUGGUCGAGCCAUUCAGGGAGCAACUUCGCAUCAUUUAGGACAGAACUUUUCAAAAAUGUUUGAAAUUCAGUUUGAGCAUCCUGAGACUCAAGAAAAACAGUAUGUUUACCAGAAUUCUUGGGGUUUAACUACGCGAACCAUUGGAGUGAUGUGCAUGGUUCAUGGAGACAAUAUUGGUUUGGUACUUCCACCAAGAGUAGCAUCUGUACAGGUUGUGAUUGUUCCAUGUGGAAUAACAGCUACUUUAGAUGCUGAAAGCCGAUCCAAACUCUUAAAAAUGUGUGAAAAUAUAAACGCAACUUUGAGACAGAAUGACAUUCGUUCAAAAGCUGAUAUACGAGACAAUUACUCCCCUGGCUGGAAGUUUAACCAUUGGGAACUUAAGGGUGUCCCAAUACGUAUUGAGAUUGGUCCUCGUGAUAUGAAACAAAACCAAUUUGUUGCUGUCAGAAGAGAUACUGGUGAAAAGGUUGAGAUGGCCAAUGAUAACAUUAGCAAGAAAAUCCAAGAAUUACUAAAUAAAAUUCAAGACAAUUUAUAUGCUAACGCCAAGAAAGAACGUGAUGAACAUCUCUGUAUCUCAUAUAACUGGAAUGAUUUUUGUAACUCCCUUGAUCAGAAGAAACUUAUCCAAUCUCCAUUUUGCGGAGGAGUAAGUUGUGAAGACAAAAUAAAGAAGGACAGUGCAAGAGAUGUAGUUGUUGAAGAAGGAGCUCCUGCGAUGGGAGCCAAAGGAUUAUGUAUUCCAUUUCAACAGCCCGCUGAACUUAAGCCUGGUACUUUGUGCAUCCACCCCGAUUGCAAAAAGAAUGCAAAAUAUUUUACUUUGUUUGGCCGCAGUUAUUAAAACCCUGUCAAACUAUUUUUCUAUAACUAUCAACUAAAAACAAAAAUAAUCUAUAUUUA